AUGAGUAGUUUACAAGAUAGUCAUUUGACACCAACAAAGUUGGAGAAAAAGAGAAAGAAUAUAGAGGGAGCCAAGGACUCCAAGAGUCCCAUCCACAAGAUACGAUCGGCCACUUUGACGCGACAGGCCACCUCCAAGCUACAGUUUGUGGUUGACCUUGGCACUUCGAUGGCCAAGGGGUCGCCGUCUAAAUCAACUGCCAACGCAUUGUCUCUCCACUCGUCUGUACCAUACCACAACACACCUGCCUAUGUCCAAUCGAUCUGCAAUAGUCCGUCGGCUGCAUCAAGUGUCUCGAGCAUCUCGUCGCCAUCAGCCAACAAGACAUCAGAAAAAAAGAAAAAGCAAAACAACACACUACAUCGUCGCAGUAUCAGAAUAUCACAACAAUUAAAAUUGGAUGAGGUCACCAAGAUAUAUGCUCCGCUCACCGGAUCAGACUAUCUCGCAACAGCACCCUCCACACCACUCUCCCCAACUCUCAGUAGUAGUACCAACACCAAUUACUAUCAAUACAACAGUUGUAAUAAUACACCAGUCUCACAUCCAACUAAUUUCUAUCCAUUGACACCUGUCUCUAAUAAAGACCAACUCCAAAACACCACCACCACCGUCAAGUCUACUCCCAUUCAUUGCUCCACGCCACUCAAUGAAAAUCAUGCUGCCACCACUUCAUCCUCUUCACUCAAUUCAUCUAAUGGAUCAACAUCCAUCUCUCCACUCAUGGCAUCACUUUCCACCGCUGCUGCCAAUAAUGACAACAAAGAGAAUGUUGUCAACUCACCGCCAACAUCACCCAACACUGGCAACAAGGAUAACGCAGCCGUCAAGCACCCUCUGUCACCCAUACGUCUCUCACUGACCAUGUCACCCGUGUUAAAGGCGUCUGCUAGAAAGUCCGUCUCGUUUACACCCGCCCAGCAAUCCUCUGGCAUGACGAUUUCCAACCAACAACACCAAAAGAACCAACUGGAAAACAACAAACGAGAGACUAUCAACAAUUGUGAAUUCAUUCUUGGUAAAAUGAGUGAAUACCAAAAGAUUGUCUUAUCCAAUCCAACUCUAUCAAAGGAUAUUCUUCAUUCAGAAUAUGAAUAUUUAAUAACUGAUACAAGAAUUAUUUCAAAGAUAUUAUCACCAUUUAAUAAUAUUCAAGGAUCAGAAACAGAUACAGAAGUUAUAAUUAAAAAAGAAAAGAAAGAUAAAAAAGAUAAAAAGGAUUCAUCAUCAUCAUCACUGCAACAACAACAAAAACAAGAACAACAACAACAAAAGAAAAUAAUAGAAUCACAACAACAAAAAUUGGCUGAAAUGGAUAUUAUCGCUCAAUCCAUUGCAUCAAUUGCCAAAAAAAUAUUGGCAAUGGAAUCAGAGGUAAAGAAACCAAAUAUCACUGAAAAGAAGACACAUACUUUGGGAUUGUAUGUGUUUGCCAUUAAACAAUAUUUAGAAGAUGGUCAAAUGCCAAGUGAUCUACCAACCAUCCCAACAGAGGUUGCUCAUUCUCUAAUUCAAAGUACUGAAAGUACCACCAAACUAUAUCAACCAGAUGAAAAUGGAUACGUCUACAAAUCUGGAUACUUGAUUAAAAAAUGUAAAAAGGGACCAUUAGUAGUUUGGAAAGAACAAUGGUUUGUUUUAUCUUGUGAAAAACUUUCUAUUUGUUCAAGUCAAUCUAGCACAAAGAUUAAAAAAGAAAUAGCAUUAAAUAAUAUUAUUUCAAUUGCACCAUGUACAAAAUAUACUGAAUUUAAACAUUGUUUUAUGUUGAAUGUAAAAAACCCAUCCAUCAAGAUUAUAGUUAGAGCCACUUCAGAGAGAGAAGCUUCACUUUGGAUGUUGGCUAUUGACGGACUUCCCAGACGCAACUUUGACACGAAUCAAUCGUGUAUCAACCAAUAUAUCCGUGAGACAAUGCUCGAGGUGAUUGGGUCUAAUGGUGGAGUACUCAACUAUAGAAGAUCGAUUGCUGGAGGUGUGGUGCGUAGUAGUCAUGGUGAAGAAUGGACGUAUCGUGCCGACGGUACCAUCUUUAACACUGACCAUUUAGAGCCAAGUAUCCGUGCCAAGGAACUAAAGUAUGUAUGGAACGGACAGUUACUCGUCGCCGCCAAAGACAGUCCUAGAAAUCUUGGUAGUGGAAAAUUCAACGGUGUCUGGCUAGCUUGGUACGAUUCAAAUGGUGACCCAUUCCUAAAAUACAUCUGGGAUCCAGAAAGUAACGAAUACCUCAACCAAAAUUCAAACCUCUCUCACAAAUGGUCAACCAGAGGUUUAGUAUCAAAGGUUGGAACUGGUGAGUGGAUGAUUGAAGGAAAUGUUCCACCAACCAUUGUCAUGUUUUUACAAUGUUUACGUUAUUGUAGAUUAGGAAAGGAUUUUUAA